AUGGCCUUCCUUACAGCGCGCGAGCUUACCCUUGAAGCUGCCCAGACGGCCAGCUCGGUCAGGAGCUUGAGACCGUCCUCGUAUGCCUCCCGCACCGCCUCGGUGUCGCAGAUCAAGAAGCUGCUGGAUAGCAGGAAUGAUAGAGAUAUCUUAGACGGCCUGCGCAAGGUCAUUUCGUUGAUGUACAGGGCCGAGCCAUGUCUGCCUUUCUUCUCCGCCGUCGUCAAGAACGUUGCAAAUCCGAACAUCGAAGUCAAGAAGCUGGUGUACAUAUACCUAUUGCACCAUGCAGAGGCGGAACCGGACCUCGCCCUGCUGUCCAUCAACGCUAUCCAAAAGUCUCUGACAGACCAGAACCCGCAGGUUCGCUCCCUGGCGUUGCGGACAAUGUCGGGAAUGAAAGUGCCGGUUAUCAGCCAGAUUGUUUCCCUGGCUAUAAAACGAGGGUGCGGCGACAUGAGCCCUCAUGUCCGCAAGGCUGCUGCCCUAGCUAUCCCGAAAUGCUACCGGCUUGAUCCAGGGACACUGCCACAGCUCAUCGACUACCUUUCCAUUCUACUCGGAGAUAACCAGUACUUCGUCGUUGGGCCGGCCGUUGCUGCAUUUCUGGAAAUAUGCCCGGAGAAGAUCGAACUUAUUCACAAGCACUAUCGGAGCCUGGUAAAGAAGCUGGUCGACAUGGAUGAGUGGAGUCAACUGGUCACUCUCAGGCUUAUGGUAUUUUACGCCAGGAAAUGCUUCCCUAGAAGAACGCAGAAGGUGAAAAAGUCCAGUCCCAAGGGAUUCUAUGAAGAUGAAAACGAGGAAGAUACCCAAGAAAACGACCUGGGCGAAGAAGAAGUUGAUAUCGUUGAUCCGGACCUCGAGUUGCUGCUGAAGGCUUGCAAGCCGUUACUCCAGAGCCGGAAUUCAGCUGUAAUCGUGGCAGUUGUUCGUUGCUUCCGGUACCUGGGAACGGUAGAGCACUUGGAGUCAGCCACUGGCUCGUUGAUUGCCUUGCUCCGCAGCCCGCAGGACCUGCAGCAUGUUGCUCUAUAUAAUAUCAUCUCCGUUGCCCUCAUAUCACCCAAGCCAUUUGUGAAAUAUGCAUCGCAUUUCCUUGUUAGAUCUACUGAUUUGCCUCAUAUCUGGCGUUUAAAGCUGGAAAUACUGACCAUGUUAUUCCCUCACUGCGGGAAUCACUUCAAGGGCGUCAUUCUUAGUGAGCUGGAACACUUCUCCAACGGAUCUGACCAUGAUCUAGUCCGUGAGAGCGUUCGUGCCAUUGGAAGAUGUGCCGAAGCCCAUACUGGCUCAUCUACGCGCUGCCUUCAGCUUCUCCUCCGCCAGAUCACUAGUGCCGACGACGUUCUAGUUUCAGAGGCUGUAACGGUUAUCAGACAUCUCAUUCAGCAGGAUACUGCAGCCCAUAAGGGUACCGUCGUCAUGCUUGGUAACCACCUGGGAACUACGAGCAGUCCUGGCGCUAGAGCGAGUAUUAUAUGGCUAGUUGGGGAGUUUGCUGGGAUCGAUCCUCAUAACAACAUUGCGCCGGAUGUACUACGUCUGCUAGCAAAGGGCUUUUCAGAUGAGUCAGAAACAGCCAAACAGCAGAUUUUGUUACUAGGAGCAAAGGUGUACCUACAUCAUCUACUUAACUCGCCUACAACCUCGAGUGAUCCCAAGAACUCAUCAGAUGAUGGCCAGGACGAUAAUCGUGAGUUUGAUGCAAAUGACCAAGUUUCGUCGCCAAAGGAAGAGGACUCUAUUACCACUCUAUGGAGGUACAUUCUCCUACUAGCCCGGUAUGACACCUCAUAUGACCUCCGUGACCGAGCUCGUCUAUACAAGUCUCUGCUCGCUGUGCCCAGCUCGACUCAGCUCGCCAGUCUUUUGCUUCUAGCGCCCAAGCCGAUCCCCCAUACCUCCACUCCUUCGGAGACUAGGAAAAAUCUCCUCAUCGGCUCGUCAACUCUAGUGAUAGGUCCGGACGCAGGCAUGUAUGGUCUAAGGGGCUACGAAGACCUUCCCGACUGGGUGGAAGCGGGCCAUGAACCGGAUCCGAAGCUUCGAGACGAUGACUCCGCCAAAUCUGGCGCAUACGGCGAGAAGGCCAACACCACGGCUGGGGAGCGGCUUGAUAAGGCUCUCCAGGAACAUAACGUUGUAUCUGGAAAGGGGAAUGUUAAUGGUAGAAUCGGCAAUGUUCCCAAGAACAUGUCUCUUGAUGAUUGGCUGGCAGAGGAAGAGGAAGAGGAAGAAUAUGAAGAAGACGACGAAGAGGAGACUGAGGAGGAGACAGAUGAAGAAGCUGAAGAGGAGGAGGAAGAAGAAACUGAAUAUGAGACUGACGAAUCUGGAGAGGAGGAAGGAGAGGAAGAGCCGGAUCAGCAGCAUGCUCAGUCAGGAGCUGAAUCCGCAAAAUUACUGAAAUGA